AUGGCGGCGUACAUGAAAUUAAGCCUUGGGUCACUUGGAAUGCUUAUCUCUUCGACAGCAAUCGACAUGAAUUCUGAAGAUUGUAAAAGAGGAGAUACAGAAGUAGAAUUGGUUAAUAAUUGUUCGAGAGAAAAAAUAUGUAAAGUUUGUGGUGACAAAGCACUCGGUUAUAAUUUUAAUGCCAUAACAUGUGAAUCAUGCAAAGCAUUUUUCAGAAGGAAUGCCCUCAAAAAUAAGGAAUUCAAAUGUCCAUUUAAUAAAAAAUGCAUCAUUAAUCCGGUGACAAGAAGGUUUUGCCAAUUGUGCAGGCUCAUAAAAUGUUUUGAAAUAGGUAUGAGAAAGGAAUACAUAAUGUCGGAAGAUGAUAAAUUGGAAAAGCGUAAAAAAAUAGAAAAAAAUCGAGCAAUAAAAAGAUCAUCACCGGAUGUGAGAGGAAUGGAAACGUGUUCUUCGAUGGAACAACAACCCAAAGAAAAAUUAAUUAAAUUUAAAAUCGAAGAAGAAGAGAAUGUUUGCGACGAAGGAGAUGUGAUGAAAAAAUAUCAAAAUGAUAAAAAAAAAAUCGUUAAUAUUAAUUUAUUAAACAUGGCUUCCACGUCAAAGAAAACGUAUAAGAAAAAACAUUUCAAACAAUCCAACAUGGAAUCCGUACUUCCGUUUCCUUCCCCAAGUCUUCCGGAAUCAUCUUCCCCGGAAACCGUUACGGAAUCUAGAACUUGUAACGUAUUCAAUGAAGAAAAAAAAAAUUGUCUCGAUACAAACGAAUCGAGAUCCGUUGAAAUUUAUCAAAUAUCGAAAUCGAAAGGGGAAAGGAAAUCACCGGAAGUCGUAGAACACAAAAGAUUUUUAGAUUCGAACAUAAUUAAAAUUGUUUUGGAUUCGGAAUUUUCAAAACCGUCGGAAGUUUAUACAAAUUCGACGGUUAUAAGACAAAACGAUGAUGAGAGACAUUGUUUUUACAAGGAUAAAUUUUACGUCGGAAGUGAUUACAUGAUAACGGAAGCGGAUAUACUAGAACUUGCCAAAAACGAUGAAAAUUUUUUAAUGGAGUCUAAAAAAGGUGAUAAGAAAUUUUUAAUGAUAAGCAAAGAUUCGCUCAUACGAAGAAGAAAUACAAAAGAAAAAUCUUCUUCUUCUUCUUCUUCUUAUAAGAAAACAGUUCGAGAUAUGAUUUUACAUAGAAAUUGUGAUAAUAAUGAUGAUACGACUCCACUUUUAUCAUCGUUAAUGAAUCCAACGGCAUCUUCCGAAGAAAUUCAAAAUGGUUCCCUGACUAAAAACAUAGCAGAAGACAUAUUCAAAGACAUUCCAAGGCAAGUUUUCAAAUUUUUAAUCACGAUUUAUAUCCUCUCUGUCAAUGUUUAA